AUGGGUCCUCAAAACCAUGUUAAGACUGUAUCACGACUUGGACUGACUGUCACCCUCCGUUACUGCUAUUACGUCACUGUUACAAUAUCAUUACAAAGGAGAGCCAAGCCGGGAAGGAAUCCACCCACCGAUGUAGAACGUGAAUAUAAACAACUACUUGGAAAAUGCUGGAAAUCAGAAUGUAAUAAUCAAGAGGAAUUCAAGAUUCUUUCACAAUGUCCACCGCGUUCCAUUGUGCACCAAGCGUGGCCGCUGAGUAUAAAAGGAAGUUGCGACGUGCGAGGAGAAUUAGAAACUCAUUCGACGCAGCGAAGUCAACACCUUUUACCAGCCAUGUAUAAGCGAGUAUUCGUAGCUUGCCUUCUCUUAGGUACUGUGCUUGCCGAGGAAAAGGGAGAGACGAGGGGACCUUCUGGCGCCGACAUCGCCAACCAGGCCGCCGCGCAGGCCACCGCCGCAGCCGCAGGCUUGGGAGGCGCUGCUCACGCCGCCGCCGCAGGAGCCGCCUCCAACGCAGCCGCCGCCGCCUUCGCCGCAUCGCAGACGGCGCAGGCAGCCGCAGCCAGCAAGCAGGCGCAGGCCGCAGCAGUGACGCAGGCGGCGCAGGGCGCGCAGGCCGCUGCCUUCGCCGAGGGCUCCCUGGCCUCCAAGGCCAACAUCGCCUACCAGGCAGCCAAGCUGACGGCGUCCAUGGCCCAGGGCCUCGCCGCCAACGUGGCCACCAUCCUGUCGGAGGCCAAGGCCCUGGCCAGCCAGGCCACCACCAGCCACGCCGAGCAGCAGGCCUUCCUCAACGGCCAGAGGACCAUGGCGUGGCAGGCGCAGCAGGCCGCCAACUCGCUCAACCAGCAGCAGUACACGGCGCUCAGCGACCUGGAGGACGCCGCCGGCGCCGCCGCGCAGGCCAGGGCGGCGGCCACCAAGGCCCUCUCCAAGGCCAAGGGCGCCUCCGGCUACGGCCACUGAGAGGCCUCCCCUGGGCUCCUCGCCAGGGGGGGAUCUCAGAACCCGACUUCUGACGCUGUGUAAAGUUUAAUCCGU